AUGUUAGCAGAAGCCAAAUAUUAUCAGGACUUCGAAAGAAAAGACUACAUUAGCAAAGGUGAUAAAGGAUUGGCAACAGUUCAUUUUAAAAGCCAAGGUCCUCCAGGAUUUCCAAAAAUCGCUGUUUUAAAGGAGUUCACUACAAUUAAGGAAACCUAUCUAAAUGAAGCGAUAUUGCUGAAAGACAUGUCAGAUAUUCACCGAAACAUUGUAAAGCAUUAUUACUCCACUGAAAUUGAUGGAAAAUUCAGAAUUUUUAUGGAGCAUUGCGAAUGUGGCACCGUCGCAAGAAUCAUGAACGAAAGAAAGAAAAUAUCUCAGCCAUGGACUGACUGAGAAUUGAUAAAUCAUUUCAUUACGAUUGCAGAAAUCAUAAAAUUUUUGCAUGAUAAUGGCAAAGCCCAUAGAGAUAUGAAGCCUGACAAUAUUUUUGUUAAAGAAAAAGAAGUGCUUAAACUUGGAGAUUUUGGGGAAUCAAAUGAGGUGAAGUUAGGGCCAAAUAAAAAUACUGCAACUGGGACCCUAAUUUACAUGUCGCCACCAUAUCAAAAGCUUUGAAAUAGACUUAUUCCUGAUUCAGACGGCAAGAAAAGAACUCCAAUCCCCCUCACAAAACAAGAAGAGGUUUGGUCAGUUGGAAAAACAUUUUAUGAGAUGGCAAUAUUAGAGGUUGGCGUGUCUUUUCCUAAUAAAGAGAAUGAAUAUAUGGAAAUUGUUGAGAAUGAUAUGCAAAGAAGGCCUCAAAAAUUAGUUCAAUUAUUAAAGCGCAUGCUUAUCCCCUUUAAGUGCACCAAUUUUUUAAAAAUAUAAUAAUUAAAAAAAAAUUAUAAAGUUAUUUAAAUUAGAGAGAGGUCUCGUUUCAGCAGAUGCUAAUAAAAUAUAAAUGUUUAAUUUUUUCCAAAAUAGUUAUUUUUCCCAUGGUUUUAUUCGCUUAUAAAGGGAGGAAGCUAGAAUAAAUUAUACAGAUAGGCCUACUAUUGCCCAAGUGCUAGAAGAAUUAAUAGAUAUAAAAGAAGAAACUACUGAAGCAUUCUCAAAUUAUGCCACACUUUUAGUAACUGAAGGAAAUCCGUUUGAAAUUCGUGAUGUUUAUGGAACCUCAAGCCAAAAUGACCCUAAUCAAGGUUUUGGAGGACCAGAUUCAAUUAAUAGAUAUCUUCAAAGUCAAGCAAAUACCGAAGAACAAUGCAAGCGGGAUAGUAAUAUAAUAUAUAAUCCAUACACUAGAAGUAUUUAUGAAAAUGAACAAUUAGCCAACAGGAGCACUAUUGAUAACAAUGACGAUUAUUUUAUCCAUGAUUGUGGGCUGAUGAUUCAUAGAAUUGAGCUAGAAAGCUAUAUUGCAACUUGUCUUAAGAUGAAUUUUGAAUUUCUACAAAUAAAGUGCUCAAAUUGCUUCGAACCAUUUCCAAUAGGAAUUAUAAAUCGCUCAAAGCUUCAUUUAUGCUUUUUUUUAAGAUAAUCUUGUAUGGAUUGUAUUGAGAUUUUCUUAUUUAAUUUUUAGUUUAAUAGAUUAUAAAUAGGUAUUAUUAA